AUGGAGUGCUGGGACUCACUGGGGUUUUUGAUUAUCACUCUCAACUACAAUGUUACAUUUGUAGGAAAGAUCUGGCUAACGUUAGUAAUCUUGCUGAGAAUGGUGGUGAUAGUGUUAGCGGGAUACCCCCUCUACCAAGAUGAACAAGAACGAUUCAUCUGCAAUACCUUGCAACCAGGAUGUUCUAAUGUGUGCUAUGACAUUUUCUCUCCUGUCUCUCACUUUCGAUUCUGGCUCAUUCAGACAGUGUCUGUUCUGCUACCUUAUGCUAUGUUCAGUGUCUAUGUUCUGCACAAAGUAGCCAUGCAUGUUGUGACAGCACAUUGUUUGCCAUGUAGAUAUGAAGGAAUCAAAGCCUUAGCUGGCCACACAGCUUUGAAGGAACUCUGCAAAAAUGUUGCAGUCACCAAACCAUCCUGCAAAGCAGAUCUUCUGAAUAUCCCUGAUUUUUCUUGGGCAUAUACUGUUCAUCUUUUUCUAAGAACACUGGCAGAGGCUAGCUUUGGAGCUGGUCAGUAUUAUCUCUUCGGAUUUUUUGUUCCUAAACGCUUUUCCUGUUACCAGUCUCCUUGUACCAGCAUGGUCGAUUGCUACAUCUCCAGACCUACUGAGAAAUCCAUCAUGAUGAUUUUCAUUUGGGGGGUGAGUAGCCUCUCUUUUCUGCUUAGCCUUGUUGACCUAGCCUUUGUCAUCCAAAGAAUGGUAGUAAGAAAUGGACAAAAUAAACCAGUGGAAAGUCUCCAUGCAGAGGAUGAGCACAGUUCAGUUCUGCCUCCAGCUGACAAGUUGGAGGAUUCUCCACCAUCUCCAGACGACAGAGGCCAUCAGCAUCUAGUGACACAUGACAGUCAUACCAGUGAAGUGUCUUGCUCACUCCACUCUCAAGAUGAAGAACUACUUCAGGAGGAAGAGAAGAUCAUGUCUCAGCAAACUGCCAUCUCUAACCUCAACAGUAACAGCAAUAAACCUUGCAUAGCAGAAAGCCUUGCUGCUAAUCAAGGCAGUAAUGAAGUGCCCCUAUGUAUGAGUGACCAGCAGCAUAUUCCAUACAGGCAGCUGAGACAUGGGCAGCAGCAAACCUUCACCAAAGAGGCUUCCCUGACUUUGAGACCCCAAGUCAAGUCCCAUCUUGGGGUUUACACUUCUGUAGAUCAGAGCAAGCUGUUAGGGCAUUAUUCUUCAGUUGAGCUAAAAGCUUCUAUUGGACAAUCAAGUUGUAGCAGUGCUGGCUACUUGAGAGCAAAAAAAUCAGAAUGGGUGUAA